CACAGCAGUGUGGACAGCACCUUCCCUUCCGGCCUGUCCCUGGAGCCUGGCCGCAUCCUGCUCCUCGGCGGCUGGCCACUUGGCUUUGCAGGAAAUACUCUUUCUCUCAUUGGCAUUGAAACUCACAGCCCUCCCUUUUCCUGUAGGUGGGGUUUCCAUAGGAAAAAGCUGCUUCUCUGUUGCCCCAGCCUAGCGACUGUUUGGAAGUCAGAUCUGCACAUCCUGCGCUACUGGGUCAAGUCCCUCUUGGACCAGCUCUUGUCCACUGUUGGCCGGGGUGGACACGAUCAGUGCCUGACAAUUUUAUGUCAUCAAUGCUUGGACCUCUCAGAUCGCUUCUGAUGAAGAUGGCCUUGCCUGGGGAUCCUGUUUAUCCCAUUAGCAUCUAAGUAUGGGCCGACGAUGGGCCGCGAGGUCUGGGGGCACGAGAACGCGGGCCGUCAAGACAUCUGGGAAACCCUGCAGGACUUGUUCAGACUUUAAAGAAAUCUAGGGGGCUGUGAGCCAAGCCCACUCAGGCGGUAAGCACCAUGCGACUUCUCUGGCUUCUGCUAGGGCUCUGGGGGCCGGAGAGCUACUUGUUUCUACCAGGGGAUUGUCAGGAGAUAACCACUCUCACGGUGAAAUACCAGGUAACGGAGGAAGUGCCAUCAGGCACAGUGAUAGGGACGCUGUCCCAGGAUUUGGGAUGGGAGGAUGGGCAGCAGCGAAGGACUGGACCUGCCUUCCAGGUCUUGCAGCUGCCUCAGGCGCUUCCCAUCCAGGUGGACUCAGGGGACGGUUCACUCAGCACCGGAAGGCAACUGGAUCGGGAGCAGCUCUGCCGGCAGCGGGACCCCUGCCUGGUUUCCUUUGAUGUGCUUGCCACUGGGGACUUAGCUCUGAUCCACGUGGAGAUCCAAGUGCUGGACAUCAAUGACCACCAGCCCCAGUUUCCCAAAGGCCAGCAGGAGCUGGAGAUCUCCGAGAGUGCCGCCCUACAUACCCGGAUCCCCCUGGACAGAGCCCUUGACCCUGACACAGGCCCGAACACCCUGCACUCUUACACCCUGUCUCCCAGUGAGCACUUUGCCCUGGAUGUCAUUGUGGGGCCGGACAAUACCAAGCACGCAGAGCUCGUGGUGGUGAAGGAGCUGGACAGGGAGGUGCACUCAUCUUUUGAUCUGACACUGACUGCCUAUGACAGCGGGGACCCACCCAAGUCAGGCACUAGCCUGGUAAAAGUCAACGUCCUAGACUCCAAUGACAACAGCCCGGUGUUUGCAGAGAGCUCCCUGGCGCUUGAGAUCCGAGAAGAUGCUGCCCCUGGCACUCUCCUGGUAAACCUGACUGCCACAGACCCUGACCAAGGGCCCAAUGGGGAGGUGGAAUUCUUCUUCAGCAAGCACGUACCUGCAGAGGUGCUAGACACCUUCAGUGUCGACGCCAAGACAGGUCAGGUGAUUCUGCGCCAACCCCUAGACUAUGAGAGGAACCCUGCAUAUGAGGUUGAUGUCCAGGCCAGGGACCUGGGUCCCAAUCCCAUUCCAGCCCAUUGCAAGGUUCUCAUCAAGGUUCUGGAUGUCAACGACAAUGUCCCAAGCAUCCACAUCACGUGGGCCUCCCAGUCACCCCUGGUGGCAGAAGAUCUUCCCAAGGAUAGCUUCAUUGCACUUGUCGUGGCAGAGGACUUAGACUCAGGAAACAAUGGUCUGGUCCACUGUUGGCUGAAACAAGAGCUGGGGCACUUCCGGCUGAAAAGGACUAAUGGCAACACUUACAUGCUGCUGACCAAUGCUACGCUAGACCGAGAGCAGUGGCCCCAAUACAACCUCACAGUGUUAGCCCAAGACCAAGGUCCCCAGCCCUUGUCAGCCAGGAGACAGUUCAGCAUCGAGAUUGGUGACGCCAAUGACAACCCUCCUGUAUUUGAGAAGAGCAGGUACGAAGUCUCCACUAGGGAAAACAACCUUCCCUCUCUUCACCUCAUCACCGUCAAGGCUUACGACCAGGACUUGGGCAUGAAUGGGAAAAUCACAUACUGCAUCCAAGACUCUCCAGUUUCUCACUUGGUGGCUAUCGAUCCGGACACGGGAGUGGUCACUGCACAGAAGUCGUUGGACUAUGAGGAGAUGGCUGACUUUGAGGUCCAGGUGAUUGCGAAGGACAGGGGGCAACCGCAGCUUGCAGCCAGCGUCUCCAUAUGGGUCAGCCUGCUGGAUGCCAAUGAUAACACCCCACAGGUGAUCUGGCCAGUGCUCAGUGCUGGGCGAGCCAGCCUCUCCGUGCUGGUGAAUGCCUCCACUGGUCACCUGCUGGUGCCCGUUGAGACUUCUGGAGGCUUGGGUACUUCCACAGGCACCCAAAUGCCAUACCUGGCCACCCGUGGCUCCAAGCCAUUCCUUUUGAUAACCAUUGUGGCAAAAGAUGCAGACUCAGGGGCUAAUGGAGAGCUCCUCUAUGGCAUUCGGAGGGGCAACGAAGCUGGGCUCUUCAUGCUCAGCCCCCACCUGGGCCAGCUGUUCAUCAAUGUCACCAAUGCCAGCAGCCUCAUCGGCAGCGAGUGGGAGCUGGAGAUUGUGGUGGAGGACCGGGGCAGCCCUGCCUUGCACACGAGAGCCCUGCUACAGGUCCUCUUCUUGAGCAGCGUGGACCACCUGAGGGACUCAGCCCACGAGCUGGGGACCCUGAGUGUCUCAGUGCUCACGGUCAUCUGUUUGGCUGUCCUGCUCGCUGCUUUCGGGUCAGGCUUGGCUCUGUUCAUGUCUAUCUGCCGGACAGAAAAGAAAGACAGCAGGGCUUACAAUUGCCGCGAGGCUGAAUCCACCUACCGCCAGCAGCCCAAGAGGCCCCAGAAACACAUACAGAAAACGGACAUCCAUCUAGUACCUGUGCUCAAGGGCCACGCCGAGGAACCUGAUGAAGUUGGGCCAUCCCACAGGGACGUAGGCAAGGAAGCUAUGGUGGAAGCAGGCUGGGACUCCUGCCUGCAGGCACCCUGUCACCUCACCCCGACCCUAUACCGGACCCUGCGGAACCAAGGCAACCAGGGAGUGCUGGCUGAGAGCCCAGAGGUGCUACAGGAUACUGUUAACCUCCUGUUCAAUCAUCCCCGGCAGAGGAAUGCCUCCCGGGAAAACCUGUGCCUUCCUGAGCCCCAGCCUACCCCAGGCCAGUCACGUUCCAGGGCCUUCAAGGUCACAGGUAGCCCCACAGCAAGGCUGGCUGGAGACCAGGGCAGCCAGGAGGCCCCUGUGAGCCCGCCAGCUUCCUCUGCAACCUUGAGGCGGCAGCGGAACCUCAAUGGCAAAGUGACACCUGAGAAAGAGUCAGGACCACAUCAGAUCCUGCGGAGCCUGGUCAGGCUGUCGGUGGCUGCCUUUGCAGAGCGCAACCCAGUGGAGGAGCUCACUGUGGACUCUCCUCCUGUGCAGCAAAUCUCCCAGCUGCUGUCCUUGCUGCAUCAGGGCCAAUUCCAGCCCAAACCAAACCAUCGGGGAAAUAAGUACUUGGCCAAGCCCGGCGGUGGCGGCAGCAACGGCUUCGGCAGAAGUGCAACCCCAGACUCGGAUGGCCUCAGUACCAGGGGUGACAGCCCAGCAGAACCAGACCUGGAGGAAGGGCACAUAGACCCUGAAGAGGACCUGUCUGUGAAGCGGCUGCUGGAAGAAGAACUGUCGAACCUGCUGGAUCCACACACUGGACUGGCCUUGGAUCGACUGAGUGUCCCAGACCCUGCCUGGAUGGCCAGACUGUCUUUGCCUCUUACCACCAACUAUCGUGACAACGUGAUCUCGCCUGAUGCUGCAGCCUCGGAGGAGCCAAGAACCUUCCAGACGUUCGGCAAGGAGGUGGGGCCAGAGUUGAGCCCAGCAGGCACGCGACUAGCCAGCACCUUUGUGUCAGAAAUGAGCUCACUGUUGGAGAUGCUGCUGGAACAGCGGUCCAGUGUGCCUGUGGAGGCCGCCUCCGAGGCGCUGCGGCGGCUCUCGGUCUGCGGGAGGACCCUCAGUCUGGACCUGGCCACUGGCAGAACCUCAGGCCCAGAAGGGCGGGGCGGCCCAGGUGGCAAGAAGGACCAGAGUGGCAGCAGCAGCAGCAGCAGCAGGUGUCUGUGAAAGUGUGCUGGGUGCCUCAGAAUCCAAGAAGCAGGGGCCCCAGAGAUGCUAGGGACCUGUGGCAUGAACUGGUUUUUGACAUCUCGAAAAACUUUUGGGUGACUGACGUAUCCCCCCACAGAGGAAGUAGGGGCCCCAAGCUGACAGCUGACAGGCAAAAGCAGCCCCUUAUGAGGGGCCAUGCCUCAUGUGUGCUGGAGGAUGGGGACAGUUUGUGGCUCGUGUAAGUGUUUGCUGGCAAAACACAAGCAGAGUGGGAGGGUGUACCCUGGAGCGGGGCAGAUGCUAUGGAGCAUUCCGGGGAAGGGGGUGGCCUUGUUGGGGACCUCAAGGUCAGGGGGCUGGAUACUGGGGUGCCAGGCAAUGCUCCCUGCCUGACUAAUAAAGAAAAUAAGGCAGCCUGCUCUCCUGUUUGCAC